AUGCUGACCCAGAAAAAAGGAGGUUCCGUAACCGAUCUCGUCGCCGGCGGUGUGGCCGGUUUGUUUGAGGCCUUGUGCUGCCACCCCUUGGACACCGUCAAGGUCAGAAUGCAGUUGUACAGAAAGUCUGGCCAGAAACCCCCAGGAUUCGUCAGAACCGGUAUCAACAUUGUCCAGAAGGAGACCUUCAUGUCUCUCUACAAAGGUCUUGGUGCCGUUGUGCUCGGAAUUGUGCCCAAGAUGGGUAUUCGUUUCCAGUCGUACGAGUUCUACAGAUCGCUUUUGAGGGACAAGGACGGCAAGAUCUCCACCGGUAGCACUUUCCUCGCUGGUGUCGGUGCCGGUACCACCGAAGCCGUGAUUGUCGUGAACCCUAUGGAGGUUGUCAAGAUCAGAUUACAAGCCCAGCACCACUCUAUGGCCGACCCAUUGGAUGUUCCAAAGUACAGAAACGCUCUCCACGCUGCCUACGUCAUUAUUCGUGAAGAAGGUUUCUCCACGUUGUACAGAGGUGUUUCCUUGACUGCUGCUAGACAGGCGUCCAACCAGGGUGUGAACUUCACUGUGUACUCCAAGGUGAAGGAGUUCUUGCAGGGCUACCAGAACUUGGAGGUUCUUCCCUCGUGGCAGACGUCCUUGGUUGGUUUGUUCUCUGGUGCUUUGGGUCCUCUUUCCAACGCUCCUUUGGACACCAUCAAGACCAGAUUGCAAAAGUCCACUUAUGCCUCCAACGAGUCUGGCUGGGUCAGAAUCGCCAAGAUCGGUAAGCAGUUGAUCAAGGAGGAGGGUGUCAAUGCCUUGUACAAGGGUAUCACGCCUAGAAUCAUGAGAGUGGCACCUGGCCAGGCUGUGACCUUCACGGUGUACGAGUUCAUGAAGGGUGUUUUGUCUGGCAACGCUUUGCCCGGCAGCAACAAGAAGCUCGAGUAG